AACGAUGCCUCAUUGAUGGACAUGAAUUCCUUCAGCACUAUGAUGCCAACAUCCCCUUUAUCAAUGAUAAACCAAAUCAAGUUUGAAGAUGAACGAGAUUUAAAGGAACUCCUCAUCACAGUUGAUAAAUCUGAAAGUUAUGUUACUACAAUAGAAACUUUCAUUAUGUAUAGGAUUACUACUAAGACAUCUUGUGGAGAAUUUGACUCCAGUGAAUUUGAAGUUAGGAGACGGUAUCAAGGUUUCCUUUGGUUGAAGGGAAAACUUGAAGAAGCACACCCCAGUCUGAUUAUUCCACAACUCUCUUCUCACAAGAAGCAGGGUCCUGGAUUGCUAAGCAGGAUGGGGCCAACAGUCAGAGCUGUUGCAUCCUCAAUGAGAGGAAUUAAAAACCGCCUAGAAGAGUUCAUGGAAAUGAAUAACUUUAUUGAAAUUUUUAGCCAGAAAACAAAUUUGAUAGAUAAAAUAUCUUGGAGAAUUUUCAAGGAAGAAAGGGAAUAUUUUGAUGAAAUGAAAGAAUAUGGUCCAAUUCAUAUUCUGUGGUUAGUGUCAGAAGAGGAUCUGGUUGAUACUCUAAAAGAUGUUGCCAGCUGCAUUGACAGAUGCUGUAAGGCCACUGAAAAAUGGAUGUUUGGACUCUCAGAGGCCCUGCUUCCUGUUGUACAUGAGUACGUGCUUUAUAGUGAAAUGUUAAUGGGUGUUACGAAAAGAAGAGACCAAAUACAAGCAGAAUUGGAUUCCAAAGUUGAAGCUUUGACCUAUAAAAAGGCAGAUAGUGAUCUGCUUACAGAGGAGAUUGGAAAACUUGAAGAUAAAGUAGAAUAUGCUAAUAAUGCCCUGAAAGCAGAAUGGGAAAGAUGGCAACAAAAUAUGCAAAAUGAUAUCAAGUUAGCAUUUACAGAUAUGGCUGAGGAGAGUAUCCACUAUUAUGAACAGUGCCUUGCUACAUGGAAACCAUUCCUUAUCACCAACCUCCACUUGGAAGAAGCCUCCGAAGAUAAACCUUAA